UUAAAAAGUGUUUCUGUCCGCGUUCAAGUGCGCGAAAAACACCGUUUUGUCCCGCAGUGUGAGAAAAGCGCGGAGGACAGGACAGGCUGGGGGAGGACGAGCCGAGCGAGGAAGAAGGAGGAGGAGGAGAAUGGAGAAUGGAGACAAGUUGAGGAAUUUGAGUCUUGUUUGAAGGGGGAAGAGAAGAAAAGAACAGAGAGAGAAAAAAAAGAGAGACUGAAACUAGCAGCUCUCGGAUGAGAUGUGAGAGGAGAAGACUGGCCGCAGAAGCAGCGCACUCUGCCAUUCAAAUGACACUCAAAUAUCGUGUUUCAACACAUAUCUUUAACUCAGCUCUUCUGUCGUUAUUUUUUUUUUAACUUUGCUGAAGUUUUUUUUCUGUUUCGUUUGGCUUGACCUUCUGGACAGCCGAGAGUUUGUACCUCCUUUUAUUCUGGAAAAAGUGUUUUCUGCCGUUUUACCAUCUUUUUUUCCCUAACUUUUUCGGCUGGGCGGUUCAUUGUCCACUUACAGUCCUCUUAAGUUUGGAUAUUUUUUACAGAAGAAAACUUAAGAGAAAUUGUUGAGCGGGGCGAAACUUUUUGAAAGUCUCUUAAGUUUUGGAGGUGUCCGCGCGCCGGCUUCCCGCUCCGGAGCUUUUGUUCUUUGGCGCUCGGGUUCGAGGGCUCGCGGGGGAUGCGGUGAUGCGGAGUGUCGCGCUUUCCCACGCAGACACGCGGGAACCCGCUGCAGGAGCGCGGAGCUCACAUUCGUCUGGAUCGUCCCGGGACAGGAGCAUGAAGGCUGCGCCCGGGUCCGAGCGGCUGGUGGCGCUGCUGGCAGCGGCGGUGGCGGCGCUGCUGUGGAGCCCGGUCGCCGCAGACGCCGGAGCGCUCGUCUCCUUAGGGCCAAGAUUCGUCCAGAGUCCAGCCAACAUGACGCUGUCUCAAGGCAAACCGGUGAAAAUGCAGUGCAUGCUCCAGAUGGAUGGAAGCUACGAGUUGCCGCCAGAUGUGCUUUGGCAGAAGGACAUUCAGGCUCUGGAUUUUGCAGACACCAGCCAGAUGCAGAUCCCCAUCAACGAGGACACCUGGAUGGUCAUCAGUGAGCUCAGCAUCCAUGAGGUACAGCUGUCAGACAUGGGCAGCUACCGCUGUGUGGCAAAUUUCAAAGGGCAAGAAACUGUGUCUCUGGUGGGAUACAUCCAGCUGGAAGGUCUUCCACACUUUUCCGAGGAACCCCGGGACAUAUUAGUAGUGGCCAAUGUCAGCCUGAGCCUGCGCUGUGUGGCCCAUGGGCCGCCUGAACCAGUCAGGGUCAUCUGGCUGCAGGACGGGGUGCCACUUAACAUCCUGCAGGAUCCUGUGUCUUUGUCACCCUCCACACUGACCCUUCCAGGGCUCAACAAAACCAGCACGUUUUCCUGUGAGGCCCACAACCGCAAAGGUGUGGCCACCUCGGGCUCGGGCACCGUGACUGUCAUCCCUUCCCAGCCACAGGAAGUGCGGGCCAUUCAAGUCAGCAGCUCUAGCCUGCACAUUGCCUGGCGGGCCAGUUUUGGCGGGGUCUACCCUAUCACCGAGUGCUCCAUCCAGGUCACGGCGUGCAGCGAGGACCUCACUGAGCUGCCUGCAACAGUGAUCCGACAUCAGAGUAUGAAUUCAGCACCGUCAGAUCAUGUGAUCUCGGACCUGAAGCCUCUCACAGAGUAUAACGUGCGGGUGGCCUGCAGCAGCACCCAAGGGGAGUCACCCUGGACACCAUGGGUGACAUUGCACACCUCGGAAGGAGUGCCCGACUCACCCCCGGCGAACGUGACUGCCAUCCUCAAUGGGACCAAUGUUAUUGUGAGUUGGGAAGAACCCCCCGGUGAGCUCAACGGACAUCUGCUGGGGUAUACAGUGGAGUACAUUGCCCCGAACAUGGAGCAGACUGUCCUGGAUGCCGGGCUGGACCGCGAACUGUCUUUAAACCUAUCUGUGCCUCUGUCCAACGUCUCGCUCCGGGUGUGCGCCUACACCAGGUCCGGAGCGGGGCCCUGGAGCCAGCUCCUCACGCUGACCCUCACGCAGCCCGCAAUCGGGGAGCUACAGUCCAGAGGCCUUUCCUCCUCUUCGAACCUCUCCUGGCAGUGGUGGUACGUUGCCAUGGCGAUUGUCAUCACCGUGGCACUGGCGACACUGGCAGCGGUCUAUGUGACGAGACGGAGACGCAAAGAGACGCGCUUUGGGGAGGCGUUUGAGCCCAUGAUGCAGAGAGGGGAGCUGGUGGUGAGGUACCAGGCUCGCCGCACUUACAGCCGCCGGACCAACGAGGCCACUUUGAACCGCCUUGGUAUCAGUGAUGAGCUCAAGCAGAAGCUCCAAGACGUGAUGGUGGACAGGCACAAGUUGACAUUGGGCAAGACUCUGGGAGAAGGGGAGUUUGGUUCUGUUAUGGAAGGCCUUCUUACCCAGGAGGAGACCGUGCUCCGAGUGGCAGUGAAGACCAUGAAAAUUGCUAUCUGCACCCGCACCGAGAUGGAGGACUUCCUCCGAGAAGCUGCAUGCAUGAAGGACUUUGAUCACCCCAACAUCAUGAGACUCCUUGGUGUAUGCCUCCAGACGGUGGAAGGUGAGGGCUAUCCUUCGCCUGUGGUCAUUCUGCCCUACAUGAAGCACGGAGAUCUGCACAGCUAUCUGCUCUACUCCCGGCUUGGCGACUGCCCUGUGUUCCUCCCAACACAGAUGCUAGUGAAGUUCAUGACUGACAUUGCACGUGGGAUGGAGUAUCUGAGUAGCAAGAAUUUCAUCCAUAGAGACCUGGCAGCCAGGAACUGCAUGCUCAAUGAGAACAUGACUGUGUGCGUGGCUGACUUCGGCCUCUCAAAGAAGAUAUACAAUGGAGACUACUACAGGCAGGGCCGCAUUUCCAAGAUGCCCGUUAAGUGGAUUGCCAUUGAGAGUCUAGCUGAUAGAGUGUACACAAGCAAGAGCGAUGUGUGGUCAUUCGGAGUGACGAUGUGGGAGAUCGCUACCAGGGGGCAGACACCCUACCCUGGAGUGGAGAACAGUGAGAUCUAUGACUACCUGAGGCAGGGUAACCGCCUCAAACAGCCCCCAGACUGCCUGGAUAGCAUCUACGCCCUAAUGUUCUCCUGCUGGCUGCUGAGCCCCAAAGACCGACCGGGCUUCGAGUUCUUGCGCUGCGAGCUUGAGAAGACACUGGAGGAACUGCCAGACCUUCAGGACCCUGAUGAGAUACUGUACGUCAACAUGGAGGAGGCAAGGCCUGAGCUAGGAGCGGUGGGGGGGCGGGAUCCCCUAGGAGUUGCCCCUCCGUUCUCCCUGAAGGGACCGGACCCAGUGACAGCCAGUGCGGAUGUGCACCAGCCUGGUCGCUACGUUCUCUGUCCGCAGCACGAGACCCAGAGAUUCCUCACAGACUCCCUGGAGAGCCUCACUCUGCCAGCCUCCUCUUCUCUUCCAAUGGUGCACCUGGAGCCCUCUGGUAGCUCCACUCGUGCGGCCACUCCCACCCCAGAGGAGCUGGAGGAGCAUGGCCACACCGUGAGGAAAGUCCCCUGGGAGUGAGACUUUUUCACACAGCCGUUGCAGUCCUUUGGCAGUGGACCCCAAACAGACUACACAGAGGGCAGUGCUCUUCACCUCAGGUGGAGAACUUUGCUGAGCUUCUGUCACAUUGAGGUACAGGAACAUGAACUCCUUUGCAGGAGAAUAUACCUUAUCAAAAUCUCCCUAUAAUGAAAGCACUCGCAUUUUAAAAGAGGGUGAAAGUACACAUCUCAGAAACAUGUAAAGUGGUGCAUUCGAAGCACAAAAUUCACAAUUAUGCCAUCCAGCACGUUGUCCAAACAGAGAGCAAAAAGAUCUGUCCCGCAGGAAAUCCAAAGUCAAUGCACCUCCUGUCUGCCAAAAUUUAAUAGCAGCAUCAGUAGCAAACAGCGUCUACAUUAUUGAAAACCUGCGAGUUAUGACUGCUGACACAAUUAGGCUUCCUUGGUACUCUUAACCGGCAGUUUUAAACUGAUUAAUAUCGCCUUGUGUAACAAAAGUCAAGACCCUCUGAUCCACACGUCCCAAUAUCCCCAGAGAGUCAGAAAUGGGGAAAAAAGCCUGAUGCAACUGACUGUUACCUACAUUGACCUGACAAUUAAAACCAAGACCACAGCAGCGCCCUGAACAGAUGGCAUUCGGCUCUGCAGACAGAUUCAAUGAACUGUUAAAGAGAGAUGGAGAAAACAUUCAGAAUACAUCAAGAAUAUGCUGGAAUAUGUAUAUUGUCCAGAAUGCACAUUACAGUGUAGUGGAUCUCACCUCCACCACACCUCUAGUGACCUUCCUAACUCAGGGUCAAGGGAGAGACAAGUGUUCCGGGCCACAGGAGCAAAGGGUUGCCAUAUGAGGGUGUACUGGACAUGCAGAACCUUUGCAGCAUCCCAGAGGCUCACCGAGCCCUGGUUCAAGUCACAUUCAGUGGCUCAAGCACAGUAUUAUUUUAUUUUGUUUUGUUUUUAAGCAGUACUUUGCACUAAUAUAAAUAUAUAUUUCUCAUGUAAUCAUAUUGUAGCUCUAUUGUAUGUCUUCCUAUCAUCUAAUUCAAUAUUUCAUGUAAUAUUCCUUCAUAAAAGCUGCUCACUCCACAGAUUAGCACUCUUCAUGUUUCAGUCUGAUGACGAUCUGGAAUACCGAGUGUAUUUUAAUGGUCACUGAGGGUUUCAUCAUGAGAUCAAGCCCAUCUGUCUUGUCGACAUGUUCACAGUCAUAGCGAUCUGACAAAGCACAAGGCUCGUGGUCUUCCCAGACCACCAUCCCAGUUUCCAUUCCCAGCAGUUAUUCUGGGAUUAUAGGGAUUUGUGGGCCUAGGAUAACCUGCAGAUUUGGAGCCUCGAGGUUUGCGAUUCCCAUAAGGAGACUUUGCUUUUAGCCUAUUGUUUAAUUCAUUUACUGUAUGACGAAAGAAUUUAUGAUUAAAACAUCAGCUAAGCAACAAUUCUGUGGAUACCCCUGUCCAUGUCACCUGAUGUUAUAAGACAUAACUACACAGAUUCGUAGCGGCUGCCAUAAAAUGAGAGGCUGAGAACGAUUCAGAUCCUACUUUGUAUUUCGUUGAUGGGAUUGGACAUGGCCCACAAAAGUUGGCUAAAGUGGUGAUGACCACAGGAGAAGAUUAAAAACAAUGUGCUACCAUUUGUGUAGCAGCUGCUAGGACCUCUAUUAAUCUCUGGGGUUUUGGUGGUUUUCCCAGCAAUCUGGCUUUCACUUUGUUAGCUGUACAAUUUCCAGAAAAAGUUUCCUUGAGAUCUGAGUCACUGCAGCACACUGCAAAUGUGUUCGGACGACAGCUCAGAACAGGUGUGUGUUCCAGGGAAUCACAAAAAUUGAUAACGGACAACACAACAAGGCACUAGAUGUGGAGUUGCAGUAUUUUUUGUUGAUUUUUUUUGUAACUAAGUAGUAAUGAAUUGAAAUAAUACACCCAUUUAAUUCCCGAUACAAUUAUCUGGAAUGUGUAUAUAAUGUCUAUGGAUUUAUAGGUCCUGCACAAUGAUUUUACCUUCAUCUUAAGGGCUAAUAUGAUGGGUGCCUCUGCGUUCUGUUUAUAUUUUCUUGUUCAUGUUAUUGUUCUUUUGGUUUUGCUAUAAGAUAUACUGCCAUUUAGUUUUCGUGACUGUGAUAAGUCAGUCCUGUUUAGUGAUUUUGUUUUUCCUUUCCCUACAUUAUCUGCAACAUCACAAAUGUUAUUAGUUUAGAAUUAUAACAACUGAUUUAAAAUAAUAAGGAAUGAAUGAACUGUGAACUUGUCACAGGAAUGGGAUGGUGAGCCACAUAGCCAAAG